UCUUUACUUGAAUUUGGAAUAGUCAACACCUCAAAAAAAUCACAAAAUGUGCUGUUUAACUGAUUGUCUGUGUUCGUGUUUUGUUGUUUGGCCAGCUUUGAUAGGAGUAGCUGCCUAUUUGAUCAGGAAAGUGAAAAGUUAAAAGUCAUUUAUAAUUCAAUUAUAAUUUAAUGCGUACUGAAUUUAUUAGGCAGUACAUGCAAGGUGGAAAGUUCGAGAAACAAACUGAUGAAACCGGCAAGGUUGUGAUUGUAACCGGUUCGAACACCGGCAUUGGCAAGGAGACGGUCCUGGAAUUGGCUCGCCGUGGAGCCACUGUCUAUAUGGCAUGUCGGGAUAAGUCGAGAGCAGAACAGGCUAGAUUGGAGGUUAUUAGGGAAACCAACAACCAGAACAUUUUCUUCCGCGAACUUGAUUUGGCUUCUUUGGAUUCCGUUCGCAAGUUUGUCGAUGAGUUCAAGAAGGAGCAAAGCAAACUGGAUAUUCUCAUUAACAAUGCAGGAAUAAUGCAUUGUCCCCGCAUGUUGACAAAGGAAGGUUUCGAAAUGCAACUGGGAGUCAACCAUAUGGGUCACUUUUUGCUAACCAAUUUGCUGCUCGAUCUGCUAAAGAAAUCUUCGCCUAGCCGCAUUGUGAACGUUUCUAGCUUGGCGCACGUUAACGGAACUAUCAACUUUGAUGAUUUGAACAGUGAGAAAUCUUACUCGCCACGCAAGGCCUACGGCCAGAGCAAAUUGGCCAACAUACUCUUUACUCGGGAGUUGGCCAAACGCUUGGAGGGAACUAAUGUGACUGUGAAUGCUCUGCAUCCUGGUGUUGUUGAAACAGAACUGAUUAGGCAUGUGCCGAUAUUCAAUAACCCCAUUUUUGGCUUCCUUAUAAGCCCAUUAAUCUGGCUGAUCUUCAAGACUCCCAAGAAUGGCGCACAAACCACAUUGUAUGCAGCUCUUGAUCCUGAUUUGAAUGGUGUAACUGGAUUGUACUUCAGCGACUGCAAGCCCAAGGAAGUAUCUGCUGCUGCGAAGGAUGCGAACGCCGCCAAGCGAUUGUGGGAGGAGAGCGAGAAGUGGACCAAAGCUAAAUAG